AUGUCUAAAACAUACACCACAAAGGACGUUGCGGAACACAAGACGGACGCUGCGGGCAUCUGGAUCAUUAUUGAUAACGGUGUAUACGAUGUCACAAAGUUCAUCGACGAACACCCCGGUGGCCCAAAGAUCUUGAAGCGUAUGGCUGGCAAAGAUUCGACGAAACAGUUUUGGAAGUACCACGGACAAAAGGUCAUGGAUAAAUACGGCGAGAAGCUGAAGAUUGGGUCAGUCGCGGAGAGUGCCAAGUUGUGA